CACAGACAGACAGGAGGUGCAGGAAAACUAGUCUUCAUUUGUACAGGUAUCAGCGCCGUGGACGGAGCACGUAUACUAAAAAAAACAUCUCAACCACAGCAAUGACUUCACUAAGCAGUUGUCAGAUGCUCCUCUUGACUGCGAUCUGCAGCAUGUUCUGCUGCAGGACUUUUGCACUACCUGCGAUCUCGCCAUAUCCUGACAUGAGAUCAGGUCUUGAUGAAGAUGUGGAAGAUGACUGGAGCAGAGACCCGUCACUACAAGAUCUAGACGCAUAUAAACUCCUGUAUGACAUCGCAAACACAGUUGAGAGACCAUCGAGGCAUGCUGAUGGACUGUUCACCAGUGGAUACAGCAAACUUCUCGGACAACUUUCUGCGAAAGAAUAUCUGGAGUCAUUGCUUGCAAAGAGAGUCAGUGAUGACUUGGGUGUGGAGCAGAUGCCAAUUAAACGUCACUCAGACGCAGUCUUCACAGACAACUACAGCCGAUACCGUAAACAGAUGGCGGCCAAGAAAUAUCUCAACUCCGUUUUAGCAGGAAAAAGGAGGUGAUGCACUCAUACUGGCUAUACUAUUUAACAUGUGAUAUGGACUGCAGUACGACAUACAGUCAACUCUUUCUCUAUAUUCAUAUUGUAUAUUCGAGCUUAUCUUUCAUGGGCUGAAACACAAUUCACUAACACAACACAAACUGAUUUAAAUGACUAUAAUCAGACUCUUGAGUAUUGGUGUAACAAAUACAGUUUGCUAAAUAACAUUUUCCGGUCUUUUUUGUGUGCGUGUGUGUUGUUGACAAAGCUGUUAAAUCUAUCGAGAUCUAUUCCUUAUAAAUAAAUUCAGAAUGAAACAAUAAAGAUGA